AUGACAAUAUCUACUUUCGAUCACGUGUCCACCAGGCGACUUAGACGGAUUGCGCGUCAUCUCGCCUUCCCAAAAUUUUCUCGAGUGCUGCAGCUCGUAUCCAAAACAUCUUUAUCGACGGCGCGAAAGAUGUUUAACUCAGUGAACCUGGGCAACUUCUGCUCCCAGACGCGCAAGGACCGGACAUCCGAAUUUGGGGAAAGGACGGGCUGCGCGUCCAACCUCUACCUCCCCAGCUGCACCUACUACGUCCCCGAGUUCUCCGCCGUGUCGUCGUUCCUUCCGCAGGGCCCGUCCCGCCAGAUCACCUACCCGUACUCCACCAACCUCUCUCAAGUGCAGCCGGUUCGCGAGGUGUCCUACGGUUUGGACCCGGCCAGCAAAUGGCACCACCGGAGCAACUACGCGUCGUGCUACCCGGCGGGAGACGAGCUGGUGCAUAGGGACUGUCUUCCGCCUUCCACCAUGACGGAAAUGCUCAUGAAGAACGAGAGCGCGUACAACCACCAUCACGCACAUCACCACCACCACCACCCGGGCUCCAAUCACCCCUCUGCGGGCUUCUACUCCGGCGUGGCCAAGAACAACGUCCUCCCGCAGGGCUUCGACCGCUUUUUCGAGACGGCGUACUGCAGCAGCACAGACAAUCAGACGGACACUUGUUUACAAAAGGCCGAGGGGGGGAAGCUGCAAGGCGGCGGCGGCGGUGCCGGCGGUGCCGGCGGUGCCGGCGGUGCCGGAGGUGCUGGCGAUCCCCAGCAGCAGCAGCAGCAGCAGCAGCAGCAGCAGCAGCAAUCCGCCUCGGCAGGCUCGGAGCAGGACAAAGACGCCGCCGCCGCCGCCGCCGACGACGACGACGACGACGCGGAGGAGGAGCACACCAACUCGGGUUCCUGCACGUCGUCCUCUGCGGCCACCAAGGAAGGGACCGGCGGCAAAAGCAGCCACUCCAGCACUCCGCGCACAAGGAAGAAGAGGUGUCCCUACUCCAAGUUCCAAAUCCGAGAACUGGAGCGAGAGUUCUUCUUCAACGUUUACAUCAACAAGGAGAAACGUCUGCAGCUUUCCCGCAUGUUAAACCUCACCGACCGACAGGUUAAAAUUUGGUUUCAGAAUAGACGAAUGAAGGAGAAGAAGCUGAGCAGGGAUCGCCUGCAGUAUUUCUCCGGGAAUCCCUUGCUGUGA